GGCGCCUGGGGCGCGGGCAGCGCGGCGGCGCCGGGGAGAGCGCGGGGCCGCGCCGGGCCGCUCCGGCGUGGACGGGGACCUGCUGCUGCGCCUCGGAGCAUGGCCUUCGGCUGCUGCCCGUGAAGCCUGGCGCGAGGACGACCGCUUCGGGGCUACAUGGCUACGGCUGGCAAGGGCGCCAAGGCGAAGGCGGGCGGCGUGCGCUUCGCCCCCAGCCAGCCCGCCGAGGGGGCCCCCGGCCACGUGCGCUUCGACGAGAAGCUCCACGACUCGGCGGUCAUGGUCACCCAGGAGAAGGACGGCAACUUCCUCGUGAAGGUGGGGUUCCUGAAGAUCUUGCACAAGUACGAAAUCACCUUUCUCCUGCCCCCGGUGCAGCGGCUGGGGAAGGACGUCUGUGCCGUCCCCCUUCCCAACCUCAACCUGAAAGUCAUCGGCAUCACCCCCGUGUCCGAAGGCCUCAGCGUGAAGUGCGAGUACACGGCGCACAAGGAGGGCGUCCUCCGGGAGGAGGUGACGCUCUCCAGCGAGACCCAGGACGGCGCCUGCGUCAAGGUCGUGGUCCAGGCCCGCGUCAUGGACCGGCACCACGGCACGCCGAUGCUCCUGGACGGCGUGCGCUGCAUUGGCGCCGAGCUGGAGUACGACUCGGAGCAGAGCGACUGGCACGGCUUCGACUAGCCCCCGCCGCGCCUCCCCCGGCCUUCCUCCCGCCCGAGCUUGGAGCUUAAUUUAAAAAAAAGGAAAAAAGAGAAAAGACAAGACCCGAGCCCCCCAGCGCUGGCGGGAUCCCCGGCGCUGUCCCUCCGUGGCCACCGCGGAGCUCACGGCGCGGUCUGGGCGCCGCGCUUCUGCCGCUCGCCUCCUCUUCCUCCCCGAGGGCCGCGCGGGGCGGGUUGGCGAAGGAGCCGGCUCCCGGCGCGCGAGGAGAGCCGAGCCCGCGGGGCGCCCGGCCGAGCCGCCUUCCCCCCGCCGGCGCGGGCCGGGCGCGGGAAAAGGCUCCCAAACCGCGGGAGCGUCCCGCGCGGGGGCCUGCACGAGGCGGGGGGACGAGGCUCCCGCUCGCCCCGCUGCCGCCGCCACUGCCGCUGCUGCUUUCAGCUUUUUCGUUCUCCCAAAGAGGCGUGGGGGGGCUCGAGGGCUGCUCCCGGAGCCCGUGCACCCCGCAGUCCCCCUGUGCACCUCCUUGCUUCCCCCGUGCACCCCCUGAAUCUCCCUGUGCACCCCCGGGUUUUCCCCCUGGAUCCCCCCCCCGUGCACCCCCCGGAGCCACUGCGCCAGGCUGCGCGGUUGCAGCGGCUGCGCGGUCCCGCCGGGAGCAGAGCCCAGCCCGUGGGGCCGGUUUUGCCGCGUAAGCUCGGCGCCGGGGUCGGGGUGCCACCUCCGAGCGCCCCGCUCCAAGCUGUCGUGUCUCAAACAUAGUCUCGAGCUAUUCCGGGUUUUGCUUUUUCUGUUUUGUUUUUGUUUUUUGUUUUUUUUUUUUUUAAGAUGUGGUACAAGGACCAGGCAAAGUGGUUCAGUUUGGAAAGCAACAGAGGAUUUUAUGUGCCUAUAUAUAUAUAUAUAUAAAUAUAUAGAUAUAUAUAUAUA